UACUGUCAUGGAAGCCCUCAUGCGGACAUGUAAACUGUAACGGCUCAGAUAGUCUACCUAGACCUUUGUCGUAUUCUGUGUUGUAAUUCUGUAAAUAUGCGGUAUUUGCUCCGUCUGGGCCGCUCUUUUGCCCGUCUUCAUGUACGUUUAUGUCACGAGAGUGUUUAUAGCCGACACGGAAACCCACGGCGAGUAGGAGUGGACCUUGGAGAGAAGAAACUUGAAAUCUCUUCAGGGAGGUUUGCCAGAUUCGCUGAUGGCUCUGCUGUGGCGCAGCUGGGAGAGACCUCUGUGAUGGUGACUGCCGUGAGCAAAACCAAACCCUCGCCGUCUCAGUUUAUGCCACUUGUGGUGGACUACAGACAGAAGGCAGCAGCAGCAGGUCGAAUUCCCACCAACUAUCUGAGGCGAGAGCUGGGCACCACCGACAAUGAGAUCCUUACCAGCAGACUCAUUGAUCGGUCGAUUAGACCACUUUUUCCUCCUGGUUACUUUUACGACACUCAGAUCCUUUGUAACCUGCUUGCAGUUGAUGGUGUCAAUGACCCAGAUGUGCUGGCAAUUAAUGCAGCUUCUGCAGCUCUGGCCUUGUCUGACAUCCCUUGGAAUGGACCUAUAGGUGCUGUGCGAAUAGGAAUGGUUAAUGGAGAGUUAUUGGUCAACCCCACUAGGGCCGAGAUGGCUUCCAGCAGUUUAAAUCUUAUACUGGCUGGAGCACCCAGCAGUCAAGUGGUGAUGAUCGAGGCGUCCGCUGAGAACGUGCUGCAGCAGGACUUCUGCCAUGCGGUGAAGGUGGGAGUCAAACACACCCAGCAGAUCAUCCAGGCCAUCCAGCAGCUGGCGCGAGAGGCGAAGGUCACCAAGCGGACGCCGAUCAGAACGUUCUCUGCCCCUACUGAGAUGGUGGAGCACGUUCGGAAAUUAGUGUCUGAGAGGAUCUAUGCUGUUUUCACCAAUUAUACCCUUGAUAAGAUUUCAAGAGAUGAAGCAAUCAACAAAAUUCGACUUGAAACUGAAGAAGACCUAAAAGAAAAAUUCCCUCAGGCUGAGCCCUUUGAAGUGAUUGAAUCCUUUAACACUGUGAGCAAGGAAAUCUUUCGUAAUUUAGUGCUUAACGAGUACAGGAGGUGUGAUGGGAGGGAACUGACGGCUUUAAGGAACAUUUCCUGCGAGGUUGACCUCUUUAGGCCGCUCCAUGGCUCUGCUCUGUUUCAGAGAGGACAAACGCAGGUGCUGUGCAGCAUCACAUUUGACUCCCUGGAGUCCAGUAUCAAAACAGAUAUUAUCACCACAGCUUUGAGUGGCAUCAAAGAUAAAAACUUCAUGCUUCAUUAUGAAUUCCCUCCAUAUGCAACCAAUGAGAUUGGAAAGAUGGGAGGCCUCAACAGGAGAGAGCUCGGACAUGGGGCUCUGGCUGAAAAGGCUCUGAGACCAGUCAUUCCUAAAGACUUCCCUUUCACCAUCAGAGUCACAUCUGAGGUGCUGGAGUCAAAUGGGUCCUCCUCAAUGGCUUCAGCAUGUGGAGGCAGCCUUGCUCUCAUGGAUGCAGGUGUUCCCAUCUCUUCUGCUGUAGCGGGUGUCGCCAUUGGCCUCAUCUCCAAAGCUAAUCCAGAGAAACCUGCAGAGAUAGAAGACUACAGAUUGCUCACAGAUAUUCUGGGAAUAGAGGAUUAUCUUGGUGACAUGGACUUUAAACUGGCAGGAACAAACAAGGGUAUCACUGCUUUACAGGCUGAUGUGAAGAUUCCAGGUUUACCUCUGAAGGUUGUUAUGGAGGCGAUCCAACAGGCCACAGUGGCAAAGAGGGAAAUCUUGGGCAUCAUGAACAAAUGUAUAGCAAAACCCAGAGCGAGCAGAAAAGAAAAUGGACCUGUUGUUGAAAAUGUGAGGGUGCCUGUGUCAAGAAGAGCUCGCUUUGUUGGUCCAGGAAGUUAUAACCUCCGUAGGCUUCAAGCACAGACAGGUGUGACUAUAAGCCAGCUGGAUGAGGAGACUUUUUCUGUGUUCGCGCCAACACCAGGAGCCAUGAACGAAGCCCAAGACUUCAUCAGCGAGGUCUGCAAAGAUGAUCAAGAACAGCAGCUGGAGUUUGGUGCUGUCUACACCGCCACCAUCACAGAAAUAAGGGACAUCGGCGUGAUGGUGAAACUUUAUCCAAACAUGAGUGCUGUCCUCUUGCACAACUCACAGCUGGACCACAAACGGAUCAAGCAUCCAAGUGCUUUGGGUUUAGAAGUGGGACAAGAGAUACAGGUCAAGUUCUUUGGACGGGACCCAACAGAUGGCAGAAUGAGGCUUUCUCGUAAGGUGCUCCAGUCUCCCGCGGCAACAGUUGUCAAGACUCUAAGUGAGAAACAGAGCAUCUCUAUGGUUUCAAGCAACAGCCACGACACUGGUGCCAAUUCAUGACGUACCACAACAACUGGAUAACUUCGGCUUUUGUGCCAUGGGGAGUUCAAACUGAGUCAAUAUAAACAAAAAAUGUCUCAGGCUGAAAUCUGCCUAAAGGAAGAGCAUCAGAUAUUUUCAUGAACUGGACAAUAUCUGGAUAAAAGAGACUCAGCUGCUGAGGCACUGCUUGACAAAGACAUUUUGCCUCAAAUUGAGAGAUAGUGAUUAUAAAUGUGAUAUAAUUUCAAAUAUCCGUUUUCAUGUUGUUGUAACUGCAUAAACAUUUGUUUUCUUUUAGAUCCCAGUACAGUACUGGUGUUAUUUACACAUGCAAAUACUGCCCCAAUGUAGUUUUGGAAUUAAAUAUUUGAUACCUAAUGUUGCCGUUUGUCCUUUAAUCUGCCUGGAUUAAUAUAUGGACAAAGCAAAAGGAGAAGUACAUAAUGCAUGGCUUGUAUUCUUUUGUGUUUUAUUUAUAGUCAAUGAGUAAUUGUAAAUAAAGAAAUUACAGAUGG